GAGGAAACUCCGAUCGAGCAUGCGCACAGGAUCAGUGAGGCUGUGCGACAGAUUGGUUGAAGUUGAAAGAAGUGGGACACGUUUUUAUUUAGUAUUUUGUCUCGUUAAGCCGCAAUGGCGGGAACCGCGCUGAAGAGGCUGAUGGCUGAGUAUAAACAAUUGACUCUAAAUCCACCUGAAGGGAUUGUUGCAGGUCCAGCCAAUGAGGAGAACUUCUUUGAAUGGGAGGCUCUCAUCAUGGGUCCUCAGGACACGUGCUUUGAAGGGGGAGUGUUUCCUGCUGUCCUCAGCUUCCCCUCUGAUUAUCCCCUCAGUCCUCCGAAGAUGAGGUUCACCUGUGACAUGUUUCACCCCAACAUCUAUCCGGACGGUCGGGUGUGUAUCUCCAUCCUCCACGCUCCAGGUGAUGACCCGAUGGGGUAUGAGAGCAGUGCUGAGAGGUGGAGUCCAGUCCAGAGUGUGGAGAAGAUCCUGCUCUCUGUCGUCAGCAUGUUAGCAGAGCCAAAUGAUGAAAGUGGAGCGAAUGUCGACGCCUCUAAAAUGUGGCGGGAGGACAGAGAGCAGUUUUACAAACUUGCACAGAAGAUCGUACGCAAAUCGCUGGGCCUUUAGAAAUGAUGUCAUCACUGUGCAACGGCACCCAGCACUUUGUGUUUGUGUUUAUUUCAGGAACCUUCCUCUUUCCUCCCCUGCUACCUUCUCAGCCAGAGCAGAUUCGCAGCAUUGAUGGACGUCAGCUGAAUGAAGGUCACCAUGUAAACUAAUACAACACACGCACAGAGUGCUCCUGAGAUGGACAGAUUGGUAAACUGAUUGAUGGACGAUGUCAUGUAUUUGGAUAAAUACAGAAUUCAAAUUUAGUAGAAGUCAGCAGCAGAAGAAGAUGUGUCAUGUGGUCAUUCUCACAAUGACAUCAUCAUGGACUUUUCACACCGACAGCAGUUAGCAAAUCACGUGUUUGUUCUGACAGACCAGGUGGAGCAACUUCGUCAUCAUCAUCACUGUUGUUUGACGGUCAAUGAUGCAGAAAAAUGAUCAAUAAACAACAGUAUUCAAUAAAUAUUAAAAAGAAAUAAAACAACAGCAGAUAUUUCCUAUGAAGUUCAGGUGUGUCUACAGGCCACAGGAAGAGCAGUUGGUGCUUUCAGAGUAAAGGUCUGUUUGACAGAAGAAUUAAACAGUGGUAAAACAAAGUCACAUGGUCAUUUCACUCCUUGUUAGAAAAAAUCCGUCAGCGAAAAAUAAUUGAUUCUUCUUCUACUCUUUGUCAACAGCGUUCUCUUCCUGAGUGACGUUUUUCCAGCUGAAUGUUCGUGUUGUGGUCAAUCGACCACAUAAUUGACUGAAAAGAGAUCAGCUGAUAGUGAAAAAAUCUUCAGUUUUGGCUGCUGUCGGUCUGAAAUCAGGUGAGCUGCCUGAGCAGGUGAGCAGAAGCUCUUCGUAGGUUCAGACUUCAAGCACUUUAUCUCUUGUCUCCAUCUGAGAGGAGCUGCUGCUGGUUUGAAUGAAGCUCAUUUGUUUGCUUCAAAGAAAA